AUCAGUCAUCUCUUAUCAGGGGUAACGAGACUAACUCGAAGAACACGUGGGGGUCACGAGCUUACUUCGACAGAUAUAAAUAUUGGUGUUACUUCAGCACUCGCCACUUUUUGUGAGGAACCUUACCUACUUGACCACAAUGUUCCGCCUGACGUUAGCUGUAGUGUUGUUGGGGGUGGCCUUGAGUUUCCGGAUUGAUCUGGACACGGAGUGGAAGCUGUUCAGGGAGACACACAAUAAGCAGUACACUGACACGGAGGAGAUCCAGAGGCGCAUCAUUUUCGAGACGAAUGUCGACUAUAUCCAAACACACAACCUGGAGGCCGACAGGGGAGUCCACUCUUACAGACUUGGCGUCAAUGAAUACGCUGACAUGUCACACAAAGAGUUUAUUGCCAUGAUGAACGGCUACCGCAUGGAAAUGAAAACACCAUGCUCUCAAGUGUACAGCAACGACUCUGUCGGCGACCUCCCCACACAAGUCGACUGGAGAACCAAGGGAUACGUCACCCCCGUCAAGAACCAGAAACAAUGUGGUUCCUGCUGGGCUUUCUCCUCCACUGGUUCCCUUGAGGGACAGCACUUCAAGAAGGAGGGCAAAUUGGUUUCUCUGUCAGAACAGAACUUGGUCGACUGUUCCAAGAAAGAAGGCAACAUGGGAUGUGAAGGUGGUUUGAUGGACCAGGCCUUCAAGUACAUCAAGGUCAACAAGGGUAUUGAUACUGAGAUCAGCUAUCCAUACAAAGCAAAGAAUGGAAAAUGCCACUUCAAGCGUGCCGAUGUUGGUGCAACCGACACUGGCGCUGUCGACAUUAAGAAAGACUCAGAGGAGUCCCUCCAGCACGCUGUGGCUCAGGUGGGCCCCAUCGCUGUCGCCAUCGACGCCAGUCACCCAUCGUUCCAGCUGUACAAGAGUGGAGUUUAUGAUGAGAAGAAAUGCAGCUCCAAGAUGCUUGACCACGGUGUCCUUGCAGUAGGAUACGGUGCUGAGGGUGGCAGUGACUACUGGUUGGUGAAGAACAGCUGGGGCGAGACCUGGGGAAUGAAGGGAUACAUCAUGAUGUCCAGGAACAAGGAGAACCAGUGCGGGAUCGCCACCCAGGCCAGCUACCCAACAGUCUAAACAACAUGGCCGUUAAACCCGGUCUCUCUCAGAUCUCAUCUCAGGACACUGCGAGAUCUCGUCGUGGAUACAUGUGUUCUUGUUUCCGUUUUCUGUCUGUGAUGUCGUGAUGUGUAGUAACGGAUUGCACUUUUAUAUGUGAAUAAAAUAUAUUUUAUUAAUAA